AUGGGAGAUCAAUAUCAAAAAUCAUACCGAUUCGGACGUUGCUUGGCUGAACAAGGUCUGCAUCCUCUGUCGAGGAACCAGGACAGAAUCGAAAAAUUGGUUACUGGAACAACCAUGCACGCAACAACGACAACAAAAGCAACAGCAUCGACAACAAUAACAAAUGCAGCAACAAAACCAACAACAAAUACAACAGAAAUAUCAACGACAAAUGGAGCUCCAAAACAAGCACCAAGCACAAGAACAACUAAAUAUGGCUCACAAGGUCUGAAAAUAACGAAGGACAUUCUUACUGUUGACACUUGGAAUGUUUGA